AGAAAUGACGAGAUGGCGAAUAACAUCAUACGGUAAAGUUGCGCGGGCUCCAAAAGUUGAUGAAAUAUAGAUAAGGAGUUUUAAAACUACUUGUCGUGUCGUUAUACGUGAAAGCUCAAUCUCCAGAUCUGCCUCCAUGCGAGUGAAGCGACGGCAAGGUCGCUCUUAUCAGCGUGAAACCUCCCUAUACCAGAAUCCAGCCUCUGUACAACCAUUUCCUAUCGAGAAAACAACUGAAGAACGGAUAUCCAUAAUUGCAACGACACCAGAGAAAGAGUUAUGCUCGGUACUGCAAGAUCUAGUCAAGACAUGUCUGAUACGAAAGAACAUCAAAUACCAGCAUGAUCUUACCUUCCAUGGUUUGCAGCGACUCCUGGGUGGCCGGCUCCCACGUAUCAACCGGGUUCGGACUCUUCAACAAAUUGUUUUUCGGCAUGGGGAUACUAUUGUCUCUGCUCAGACUGGUUUUGGGAAGAGCAUCAUCUUUUAUGCUAUCCCAAUCUUUAUCGGCAAAAUUGCCAUCCAGUUGAUCCCUUCUAGCAAGCUUGGAGAGGAGCAGAAGAGGUCAGGCCUUGCCUUGUUACAGCGGAGACCAAGCGCACGAAUCCGAACCUGUUAAAGGAGAUUGCAGCUGGAUUAUACACCCAUAUCUUGAUGAGUCCUGAGCAAGCAGUUAGCGACGAGUUUCAUGAUUUGCUGUCAAACCCUAGUGUCAAGGACGUAGACACGUAGUGAUGUUGUCUCGAAUACGUGCAUUGUACUACGUGUGAAAGAUAAUAUUAGUACAAAGGAGGAAGAUCCAUCAAGCGGAGUCUUCCUGAUAACUUUUACAAAGCACGUAGACGUUGGUCAUGUGAUGUCAUGUGAUAUCAUAAC